AUGAAUCCUACUACCCAAACCAGAAGGAAACCGAAUUCUCUCGCAUUUGCCCGGACCGAUUGCCACACCUGCGCCGCUAGCGGGGCUCAAUGCGAUAGGCAGCGCCCCCAAUGCACAGUCUGUCUGACCCAGGGCCAGAAAUGCGGGGGUUUCGCCACUCCUUUGUCCUGGGAUGAAAGACGGACUUACCGAGGCGAAUCCAGCGAACAAGGGUCAUGUGUCGGACCGGCUACUGGCACUGCGGAGGAAGGUAACGCAGGGCCAAGAGGUGCGCGAGCUACGAGGGCGAGACAGUCUAGACCUUUUCGAUUCGUGCUUGGGGGAAAGAGAGAACGGAAGCGACGACGGGUGGUAGACCAGGUGCCGAACGAUGCGUAUUUGCAGAAUUUUGACACAGCGAGGACCGACACCCCGAUAGGAGAAGAAGUAACUAAUGAUACCGGGCUAGAGUCCACUGGUGACAUGACCGCAUUGGAAACCCCGGGGAGAUUGUUCGAUUUCACGGGGUUUGUUCCCGGGGCAGGAAAUCCUGGGCUGUCCGUGGUGCAACAAGAUUAUCUACAAGCCUUAUUUCAGGCAGAGGCCCCGACGACUGACUUGAACGGCAUGAAAAUAAUGGAGCGUCCGGAUGACACCACGGGUGGUUCCAUUUUGGAAGACCUUUUCGAAGACGGCCUACAAUUCUUGAACGCAGACAUUGCGCCCACAGAAGGUGUGGUAUCUACAUUUCGGGCACCAAUUGGGGACCCGACUGCAGGAACACUAGGAGCUGGACAAGUUGGUAACCAGCACGACGCGUUAUUGCAAUUGUAUGACAAAGAAUUCUGCAUUCUACCCCUGACAUCCGAUACCGCCUUGAACCCCUUUCGCUAUCGCAAGCCUCUGCCCCAGGGGUCACGACUCUUAUUCCAUGCCAUCCUCGCCCUCUGCUGUCGCCAUCUGAGCCAGAUCACUGGGGCUUGGUCAUCGGAAGAAAGGGAGCAUCGAAGCCAAGCCAUGAAACUAUUGGAGUAUACUCUUCGAAAUGGUCAACUAACGAGGGAGAGACUGACAUUGCUGGAUCCGAUUUUGGUUCUUUUUACUCUUGAUUGUACGAUCUCUGCCUCCGGACAAUGGACCACGCACCUGACUCGUGUCUUAUCAAUCCUUGAGAGUUGCGGCGGAGUAUCAGCUCUGAAUAAUCAGCGGAUUAGGGCUCAAAUUUCCAUGGUCGUGUGGUGGGACGCAACGCUAGCUCUAGUAUCCCGGCAAGGCACCGUCUUCCCAGAAGCCUACUUGGAGCGUCUCAAGCAAGCCGAAAAGCAAGAUAAAUGGUCUUUCUUCGACCUAACUGGGUGUCCCAGCGAAAUAGUCGAUCACAUAUUUCACCUAGCACAACUCGCACAGCAAAGCGAGAUUGCGUCCACCAUGACAUGGCUGACUUUCGACCUAGCACCAAUCAUGCAGAUUGAAGAGCAACUCAAAAACGGAACGCCGUUCUCGUCUCCAAAUUCCAUUCCGACGUCAGCGCCCGCGAGCUCUACAGAUAAAACCAACGCAAACACAGCUACAGGACCGAGUAAUACACAGACUGAGAGAAACGAAAGAAACACACCUGAGGAAUCCGAAGAAUUUAUGCACGCGCAGGAAGACCGACACCAUUGCAUCGAGGCUUGGCGACACGCCUUGCUACUAUAUAUUGAGCGCAUAUUUAAAUGGGACCGCUCGCCCGAUAGUCGACCUUCCGCAAUACCAUUUCCUACGCUCCUAGAAGAUGUUUGGGGAGGGAAUAAAUGGUGGGGAGCAGUGGUGGACGAGAAGACAAGGGCUGCGGGAAAUGGGGCGAAAGUGCAAUAUUUGUUCGGGUAG